ACAAAACUAACCUACUCUACUUAGCUUUAGACAAUGAUUUCUGAAUCCCAGACAAACAUAAAACUACCUAGUUUGGAUAUCUCGAAGCCAUUGGAUUCAUGCUCUCUGUCCUCUUUGACUGCAGCCUGCAGUGAAUGGGGAUUCUUCCAGAUAACUAAUCAUGGGAUCUCCAAGGAACUGUAUGACAAGAUUCUCUCUCUCUCCAAAGACCUCUUCAGCCUUCCUUCGGAGACCAAACUCAAGCUAGGCCCUUUUUCAUCUUUGAAAACUUACACUCCUCAUUUCAUUGCAUCUCCAUUCUUUGAGAGCCUUAGAGUUUCUGGACCAGAUUUUGCUGCAUCUGCUCAGGAUUCUGCAGAGGUCCUAUCUGCACCAAACAUCAGUGAGUUUAGUGAGAUAUUGCAGGAGUAUGGAAGAAAAAUGACAGAGAUAUCAAAAGAAGUUCUGAAGCUUGUCUUGAUGAGCUUGGGAGCUGAAUUUGAGAUGAAGUACUAUAAUUCUGAGUUCAGCAACUGUCAGGGCUAUUUGAGAAUUAACAACUAUGCCCCUCCAGAAAGUUUAGAAGAAGAAGAAGAAGCUGAAGGCCUAGGAAUGCAUACUGAUAUGAGCUGUAUAACGAUUGUGUAUCAAGAUGAAGUUGGAGGGCUCCAAGUUAAAUCAAGGGAAGGAAAAUGGAUGGACAUUGUCCCUUGUGAAGGGACACUAGUGGUCAAUAUUGGUGACGUCUUGCAAGCUUGGAGCAAUGACAAGUUCAGGUCAUCUGAGCACCGUGUUGUUCUUAGAAAGCUUGUGAAUCGGUUCUCUCUAGCUUUCUUUUGGUGCUUUGAGGAUGAAAAAAUUAUAUUGGCACCUGAUGAAGUGGUAGGCAGGGAAAAUUCAAGGAUUUACAAGCCCUUUGUUUGCUCAGAUUACCUGAAAUUCAGAGAGAACAAUGAAAAGGGAAAGUUUGAGAAAGUUGGCUUCACCGUUAAAGAUUUUGCAGGGAUUGAGUAACAGAAGUGGAAACCUAAGUUAAGUUUAGGUUGGAAUAUAUGUUACAUGACGAAGAUAUCAUCAGUCAUUUUUAUGAUGGCAAUCUAGGAAUUGGAUUCUGAGAGUUCUGCUGCUA